AAAGCACUCCUGUAAGCUUCACCAGCCAUUCGGCCACCGAUUUGUUGUUGUUAUGGCAACAGCAGUUAGCGGACGCGUAGAUAAACAGCAGCAGUCUCGACUUGAGUUUGUAAUGCUGCGUGUCAGUGCUGAAUGAAUGAAUAAAGAAAUACACUCAUUUAAAUAAUUUAAUUCGAAAAGCUUUUGGAUCUUCAGCGAUGGGAGAAUCAGGAGAGACGGCGGAUAAUUCCUACGUCAUCAGACCCAACUUCCAACACAAGUUCAAACCGGCAGCAGUGAAAGAGCGUAUCCACCAGGUCCUGAAGGAGGAGCUGGCGAGCAAGGAGUAUGACCCAGAGCAGGUGCCAGCUCUCACCCGCGCCCUCUCCGAAACCAUUAAGGACAAGCUGAAAGAGAUGGGGUAUGACAGAUACAAGCUGGUGGUGCAGGUUGUGAUUGGAGAGCAGAGAGGGGAAGGUGUCAAGAUGGCAGCUCGCUGUUUCUGGGAUGCUGACACUGACAGUUACGCACAAGAUAUCUACAUGAAUGACAGUCUGUUUUGUGUGGCUGCUGCAUUUGGCUGCUUCUAUUACUGAAGGACAUGAUCAAAGAACAAUUCCCACCUAAGCUAAGUGUAUAUAUGUGAAUGUGUUAUUGUCCAGGAGAUCUUUCUAGUGUUCCUCCAUCUCCUGGUACUGCAGAGUGACCCCUGCUGGUAGGGGUUGAGAGCAGCAGCCAGUCGGUGGUCUGUGGCUCGCUGGAAUUUCAAGGAGGUCAAGCACUGGGAAUGUUGGGUUUCCACUCCAGUCUUCAAGAGCCCAUUAUCCACACAACACAUUUUCCACGCUUUUCAACCAGUACAAAAUGUGACUCAUAAAAAAACAAAACAAAAAAACACAACAUUUAAUGUUAAAAGCAAACUUGGAAAAUCUUAGAAAGCAGUAAUUUUAUUUAUUUCCAGUACAAAUUAAAAGCGAGUCCAAGGUAAUAAUAGUGUGCACAUACAGUCGUUCAAAACCUGAAGUGGAUUGUUGCUGGACUGGGACAUUGGAGGGCAGUACAGAUUCCAAUGGAACUAGGAGAACCUUGGAGGAACGAACACUCUGCCUUCCAUUCAGAGUCAUAGCAGAAACCCCAUGCCCAGCGUGCUCUGCUGCAAUCGACUGAUUACAAGUGAAAAGCAUUCCUGUGUUUGUUUUACUUCUGUACAAUUUGUGAAGAAAUGAUCUAAUCUAAUAAAACGCAACAUUAAAA